AUGAGCUUUGCAAAUUAAUUUGUAGAUACAAAAGCAUGUCAUACUAAAUAAAAGCAGUUUUUAGAAAUAUAUGAUACAGAUGAAGGGAAAAACUUUAGAACAAUGAAUCUACGAGACGACACUUUAUUUUCUAUAGAUAACGACCCUUCAUUUAUAAAUUAUACCAAUAAUAACUUAAACAUUAAAAAUAAUACCGAAGAAGAUAACAAAUAUACAAAGGACAGCAUGAUAAAUGACAGUAAAUAAAUCACAGAUUAAGAAAGAAGAAGCGUUAUAAGUAGAUCUAGCAUUGGUAAUCAUCAGGUUAUCAGUAAUCGCGCUUCUUUUCAGAUGAGAUACAUAAAAAAGAAUAUUGAUUUAUCAGAUAAUGCUUAAGGUAAGUUAAGAAUGAAUAAAAGCUUAAAAUAUAGCAACACUAAAGGUUAAGAAGCAGACUUCUAUGAUGAAGAAUUAUAUGAUCAAACUUAAACUGUAGUAACCAAUAACAAAAAUGACAAUAACAAUACUUAAAAUUAGAAAUUAAGCUUCUUGAUUCCCUAAGUUUAAAAAAAAUAAGCUAAAUAACUAUCAGAUCUGAAUGUUGCAAUAGUCUUAAUGAUUAAGAAAAGGCUGAUUGGCUUUUACAACAACUUCACUCUUAGUGGCAGGAGAUAAUUUUUAAAAUUAGAAAGCGUUCACAGAACAUUAAAUGAUAAAAGCGAUGGCUACUUAGAGUAAAAAUCUAGAAAUAUUUUUAAAAGACUUGCAAUUUAACUAGCUCAUGAAUGCAAUAAAAUAUUUUCAAAUUUUUUUGCCAAGGUACCAGUGAUGAAUCAACAAAGUAAAUUAGGACUGGUCUUUCUUUUACUUUUCAUAUUUUUCAACACAUUCUUUUAUCUACUUUUCUCUAUCAUGUUAGUUUUUGAAGAUGUGUUGACGGGUCAGCAGUUUUAUAUUUUUAAGACUACUUUGAUCUUUUGGAGCUUAGAAAUCUUUAGAAAGUUGAAUACAACAAUUCAUUAAGAAUCUGUCAUAGUUACUUCAAGGAAAGAAAUACUACUAUUUUACAUUAAAAAAAUAGCUUUCUUUGAUGUUCUACCAAUGUUUUGUCUAUUCACUUUACUUUUGCAGCAAUAAGACAGUAACGAAUCGCAUUACUCUGCUACUUCAAUUAACUAUAUUCUAAAGUUUGCUUGCUUUAUUAAGUUGAAAAGUCUCUAAGUUGAUUUUGAUGAGCUUGAAAAAUGCCUAUGCAUGAUGAUGAAAAGGUAUUAUAUCAUGAAACUAGUUAAUUUGAUAUUCAAAUUAUUUAUUAUCGCCCACUUUAUUGCUUGUCUUUGGUACAUAGUAGCACAGAUAGAUUCUAAGUUUAUUGGGGAGAGUUCUAGUUGGUUUGCUGAUACUUUUGGUUCAGAUAAUACUUGGUGGAAGGUGUAUCUCCUUUCUAUUUAUUGGGCUCUAACAUUAAUGACAACAGGUUCUAACACUGCAAUUACAGUAUUAUAGACUAUGUUUACAUGCUGUAUUAUGCCAUUUGUAGUUAUUAUCAUUGGAUACAUGCUUAACGCAACAGGGAACAUAUUAGAAGAUAUAAAUGCAAGUGAAGAAAAUAAAAAGAGUGAUCUAAAUAUCAUUAAUGAUUAUAUGAGGGAAAAAAAUAUUUCUAUGAGUUUACAGAGAAGAGUUAAUAUUUACUUAGAAUACUAUUACGAGAAGAACUACUAGAAGCUAAACGAAGAAACACAAGGUGUUUUAUCAAAGAUUUCUAGCGAGCUCACCACUCUCAUGAGAAAAGAAUAUUUUUAGUAGAUUCUAGCAAAAAUUGAUUUUCUUAAGAAUAAUUUUAGCUAGCAAACACUAGAAAAUCUUGCCACACAAUGUGAGGAGAUUUUCUACUUCCCUAAUCAAGUAAUAUUUUAAGAAAAUGACUUUUCUGACUCAGCCCUUCUCAUGAUAAUUGAAGGAUAAGUAGAAAUUUACACAUAAAACUAACAAGAUAAAAGCACUCACAAAACUAUUUGUUUCUUGAAAACUGGAAAUAUUUUAGGGCAAAUUAACUUCUUUACUGGUAUGACUCGUAGCGCUUCUGCUCGAUCAAAGGGUUUUACCAAAAUUGCUAAAAUAAGCAAUUAAAGCUUCUUAGAAGUUAUAAAAGAACAUCAAAAGGAUUUUCAAACUUUCUUUUCAAUGAAAGAUAAAAUCUUGCUAUAUGAAAAUUAUUAAUCUAUGAAUAUCAAAUGCACAGCUUGUGGCAGCUUUAAGCACCUGUAAGGAAGUUGCACUCUCGUCCAUUUCAAUAAAGAAGCAACAAAGGAUGUUAUUAAAAUAACAUAAAGCUUUAAGCAAGAAAGAAAGCCUGAAAAAAGAUCUUCAAAAAAGAAGUCGAAGUCUCUAAAAAUAAUCUCAAGAGUCUUCGAAAGGGGAGUGCAAUACCUUGAAAAAAUGAUAGAAGAAAAUGAAAUUUUUCUUAAUGAAAACGAGGACGAGUCUUUUACUGAUGAAAGUUCCUAGCAUUUAUUAUUUUUGGAAAGUGAGCCCAGCAUUAAUUAGCAAUCAUGCAUGAUUUAAACUUAGGGUUAAGAUAAUAAAAAUUUGUUAACCAAUAACGAAAUAUACGAUGAAGAUGAUAAAAAAGGUUAGAGAAAGCUUUCAGGGUUUGAUAGUAAUUCGAUGAAAAUAAAAUUUGAUGAAAUUGAAUAACUAAAUGUCUUCAACAAUAAUAAUGAAUCUCCUAUUAAAGAGUAUUAUAAAAAUAAAAUGAACACGCAUAUGUCUCAAUCAGGUAAAGAAGCUCAAAUGUAGUAUGAAAAUUAAAAGUCUGAAAAAAAAACCAGAUAGCAGCAAAAUUAGCAAGAUUAAAUCUAAUCAAAAAUAAGAUCUUAAUCUUCAAGUGUAACGAAACGAGAAAAUAGUAAAUAUAGAGGAAGUAUUGGAAAAGUUUAAAUAGAGUAAUUAAUACAAGAUGAAUCCAAUAAAAAAUCUUAAGGUAGCAUGACUCAGUUAGAUUAAAAAAAGAAAAAUAAAAAAGAAAAGUCCUAGCGAUUAAGUAAAGUUAUUAACAAAGAUUUUUCAAUUUCGAUAGAUGAGAGAAUAAAAUUUUAAUAACAUUUAACAAAUCACACUAUACAGUUCGAUGCCGUUUAAGUAAAUUUGAAUUAAUAAGAAAUGAUAUUGUGGUAUCUUGAUAAGCCUAAGGACUACGAGUUCUAUUUUCCUAAUGGCAACCCUAAAUUUAAAAUAGCUUAAUUCAAAAUGUUUUAAAAGAAAAAGGAGUUAGAAAAUAUCCCAAAACAGAAAUAAAAUAGGAAAAAUAUUGGAAAAAAAAGUGUUAUUUAAGCUAUGGGUAGAGGAAAAUAAAGCGUUAUUAAACCAUUUCAUUCUUAAUUUAUAAAUGUAUGA